AUGGUUACAUCUCACAGUCUCGACGCGCUACCACCGUCCGAAGCGCGUUCAGAAAUCAUCAUUCCAGACCGACGGGGCGUCGGAACACUUGCCCAGCAGUUCGAAAAAUCCGCUCGUAUAGCGCUUGUGUCCAACUCACCACCAAAACCACCGCCGAAGCCGCUGUACGCUCGGGACGAUCAUCGCGAGCGCCUUCGACAAAUUGACAACGAAAUACUCUCCUCGCAGGGGCAACAGUACGAUUACGACUAUUCGGGUGUGGACCGCAUGCGCUACGCUAAACGGAGCGUCUCUUCCGACGGCCUUCUCGAAUGCUAUCACGAGCAAAAGCAACCGCAGCAAAUACAUCACCAGCAGCGACACGCUCAAUCAGGAAUUUACGUAAAAGACGAUGGCCACGUACCAAUCCACUAUCAAACACCAACGCACCACGAAAGUUUGCACCAAGACGAACCUAUUUAUGAUCUACCGCCUCCAGUUGCUCCAGAAGUUCCUCAACACAGAAGACCAGCGUCAUCAGCUCCUCACCCGCCUGCCGCAGAAAAAGCUGCGACCCGGGCAAACUCCGCGACACAAACUAAUGAAUCGAAGCAGAUUCAAACAGACUCUUAUGAUGACUAUCAAUCACAAGAGACAUUAAGUUUUGGUUCGUUUAUAUUUCUAAAAGAUUCUUCUGUCUACAUAUGGCUAGUCACCUGCCUAAAUAAACCAGUCUCCAGCAUUUCCAGAGUAAAAACGAAGCCUCCUGUCGCCGCCAAGCCAAAGAAAAUUCCACCGCGGCCGAAACAGUAUCUCGGAGUAGACAGGAGUGAUUCUGGUGGAAAUUGGUCUGCUGCUGGCUCAGACUUUCAGUACACUACACCGACUCAAUCAUCCAUCGCUGUGAACCAAUCACAGCACUUUAAUCAUGAUUACGAAAAUCAAACAAAUUCGAUUGCGCGCCCGGUAAACGAUUCUCCUAAAGUGUUGCAUGAUUCAACUCACGCCAAGAACACUAAGUCACAUCCGACUGAAUCGUCCUUGAACACUGCUGUUCCUCAGCAUGGAAAAGAAUCCUCAAGUUUGACGACCCAGGAUGGUGGUGGAAGACUGUUCAAAUUUGUCGUCUCUGGUCCAAAACAUCAAAAACAGGGCGAACAUGCCCGAUUCAGUGCCCCAUUCGUGAAGAGUACAAGUAAUGGUAUUCGCGUCUCACCGCAGGUACCCGUGCAGCCUGUUCCUAAUCCUCGUCGCUCGACAGGCGGCAAUAUGGGCACGACUGGCUCAACAGGAUCCAGCGAAGCCAACAAAAUGAUUUACUCAGAAAAUAAACCGACGAAGCCACAGCCUCGAGUCAGACGAAAGUCAGCAGGAGAUUUAAUCGAGGCCGCUCCAAGACCUAGCAGCAAUACGAAAGGUGCAGUCACUAAGACUUGGAAUCCGCCGAAACCAGACCCGAAAAAAGCUCCUCUGAUCACUUCGAAGUUUAAUCCAUCCGACAUCAAAAGAUAUUCUCCGACUCCGAUCGCAGAAACGGAACCCGUUCAUUCUUCUCCCAAAGGCAAAACCUAUCAGCAGCAGCUCGACGAAUUCAGGGAACACUCACCAAGAUCUUCAGGCAAAACGAAAAAGACCGUUCAUCAUCAACAGAAUCCGACUAAGCAGGAGAAGGCAACGAAGUAUGAAUCUGAACCAGACACUCGAGCUCGUCGAAUGCGCGAUAAGGCAAAGCGUCAACGCAGUGCCGAGCGUUUGAUUUUAGAAGAAAACCCUGGAAGAUCAAGACAUUCGAAGCAUUAUCGGUCGGAUAGAAAGUCGAAGUAUGAACCGUCGAUUGCGUCGAGUUAUAUGCCGGGUUACAGCCAGUCUCAUUACAAAGGUAGAGUCGCUCAGGAAUAUCUUUAUCGGAGAGAAAUGGCAAGCCAAUCACACUCCGAUACAAACUCCGUCAUCCAGUCCCAAAGAGUUCGAUUCAUGGACCUUCAAGAAGCACUACGGAGUGGAAUGGCUGUUCAAAUGGUGAAAACUAAACCUCGAGGUUGGGUUGGUGACGCGCGUCGACGGCAUCACAGUCCAACUACGGACGAGCAUGGUCCCGCGUCCGCGUACGGGUCUACCAGUGACUGGGUGCAAGAUCAAACUCGCUACCGUGUAAAUAAUCCUCACGGCGGAAAGGGUGGACGCCCAAUUCAACAUCAGCCCAUCGGUCGGUCACAUGGGCCGCACCCGGGCUUCAUGGGGCCGGGACCACGAGGACCAUACCCGCCGAGGCCAAUGGGGCCUCCGCACGGACCAAAUCCUUACCCACCAAACCCAGCGUACGCACCCCAAAAUCCCGCGAUGAUGGGGCCACGAAUAAAUCGAAAAAGCGAAUUAGCUGCGUAUUAUAAACCUCAACGACAUCCUUAUAGAUAG